UUACGUCUUCAAGCUGUACAGGAACGUUGGGAACCCUGUUCUUCUUCGAGCACGAGGCUGGAAGAUGGCGGACGAAGGUGAAGGAGAUGUUGCUGGUGGCAGCAGAGUUGUGUUUGGGGAUGACCUCGACAACAAUGACCCCUACGAUGAGUACAUGGAGAUUAAGGUGGGGAGUGGAAGCGAUUCGUCGCCCUUGAAUGUAUCGGCCCUGACUGCAGGGGUAGAAGAUGUAGGAUUACGCGGAGACGAGCAGGCUCCAGGAGCUGAGGAUGGCGUUGUGCCUGAAAGCCCAGAGAGCUCCAGUGCAGCAGAGGUGACCAAAUCCGCGGAGCACAAGACUCUGGAGCGUCGUGUAUCGAAGGCUGAUGAGACAGAGGCGGAUGAGGCCUUGCAGGCUCGCAAGAAAUCGCAAGCCAAUCUUGGGCCUGUCAGGGACCAUUCAGAGGAGGACGUUCACCAUCCGAACUGGAUCUGUCACAGGAAGCAUGUGUUCAUUUUAUCCGAAGCCGGCAAGCCCAUCUAUUCGCGCUAUGGCAAUGAGGACAAGCUGGCUACGAUCAUGGGUGUUAUGCAGGCCCUGGUGUCUUUUGUACAGGAUGACAAAGACACGCUACGCUGGAUGAUAGCAGGCGAUCAUAAGUUUGUGUUUAUCUGCAAGCACCACAUGGUGUUGGUGACGGUGGCCAACUCUGGCGAGUCCCCGCAGCAGCUAGCCCUGCAGCUGAAUUACACGUGCAGCCAGAUCCUCAGCGUGCUCACGCUGUCGCAACUGAACCGCAUCUUCCAGCAGCGGCGUAACUACGACCUGCGGCGUCUGCUGUCCGGCACGGAGAAGUUCAUCGACAACCUGUGGAACCUGAUGGAUGAAGAGCCGAGCUUCAUCCUGGGUGCCGUGCGCUGCUUGCCGCUGCCGAGCUCUGUACGCGACACGAUCGGCCACAUCCUGCAGGGUGCGCGCGUGCCUGAGCUCGUGUUUGCACUGCUCGUCGUGGACAAUCAGCUGGUGACGCUGCUACGCCCGAAGCGCUACAGCCUGCACCCGAGCGACCUUCACUUGAUCUUCAAUCUGGUGGAUGCGUCGAUGUCGUUCCGCACCGGCGAAUCGUGGAUGCCAAUUUGCCUGCCCAAGUUUGACAACGCCGGCUACUUGCAUGCGCACGUCAGUUACAUUGAGGAUGAGGAGAGCACGGUGGAGGCGCCAGGCAUACAGCUCAAGUCGGGGGCGUCCACGUCGGUGCCGCCGCAGAGUUUCGGCGCCUGCCUGCUGUUGCUGUCGACGGACCGCAACGCGUUCUUUGCGCUGUCCAAGUGCCGCGCCACCGUGGAGCAGAAGAUGCUCAAGCACAACUGCAUCAAGGCAAUCGCCGAGGCGGUGGGACGGCGCGCCGCCUAUCGCAUCGCUCAGACCGACAUCAGCGACCUGCUGCACUUCAUGUACAAGUCGAAGGUGACGCAUCAGUACACGUCACCGCGCCUAGAGGCGCCCUACAUGACCCCGGCCGACCGGCAGCGCCUGAUCGCUCUCUACCAGUACCUGCAUCACCGCAUGCACUCGCAAGCCAGGCCGCUGCGCAUCAUCUACCACGUCACGCAGCAGGAGGCUGUACUCGGCUGGAUUACCAGUCACUUCGAGCUGUACGCCACCUUCAGCCCACUCGUCACCAAACCGGUAGCGAUCAGUGCUUUGAACAAGCUCUUGCGCUGGAUCAAGCACGAGGAAGAUCGCUUGUUCAUUCUGAAUCCUCAGAUGUACUGACGCGUGAUCUCAGGUCCCUAUUUCCGGAAUUCCCUAUUCCUAUACCGUCAACUUUGGCAAUCCAUCUGCAUCCAGCUAACAACAAGUCACUAUUUAUAUGUGUAUACAGGUUUUUCUUCAUUUUGAUUCGACCAAAACGUGACCCGGGACUUCACCUGCACAGCGAUCAAGUCCUCUGUCACAAUUCUUCCGUUUUAGCCUGUAGACAAACGUCCUUUUUAACAGUUUGUUAGCACGAUUUUCUACUCUCUUUUUCCUUUUUCUUCGAUCGACCUGCCUCGCAUUUUCACGAAUCUGCACGUCCAGGCCACAACGUUCUGGCUGGCUGCCUAUUGCACAUAGCUCAUUUGAUUGUCCGUGUUAGCUGUUGUUGGUUACCGUUGCCCCCCUUUCAGCAGUUUGUAUCUUAUUCUGAAUGCGCCGGCGCAUUGAUGUUUCUAUUUCUCGGUAUCUCUCCGUGUUGUGUUGUCGUCGUCGUUGUGUCGUCGUCGUUUUGUCGUCUCUGUAUGUAAUGCUUUUUGUAUGGCGUAUGUAGUCAUUAUGUUGUGCAGCGGGAAUUAUUGCUGCACUUGUCUGGAAUACUCUGCAAUCAGUUUUGCUUCCUGUCCCUGCUUCUUCGGGUUUGUUUUGUGCUAUUUCGACGAUUGCAAGCUUGAGAAACAUGAGAGUGCGUUGCUUGUCUGUCUUCA